AAAACCCACGUUUUUGCUUCCGGAGCAUUACGCAUCGAUUCCUCCAUCUUUGUCACACUACGUGUGAGGCUGAUAAACUGGCACGUUUGCUCAUUUAAAAACGCGUGUAUGGUGGAUGAAUUUUGGGUGGAAAUCUGAACCCCUAUCCUUUUAGAUGAUAUGACCAUAACAAUCGCUUUUUGACCGUUUUGGCUGGAGGUUACGAGAUAAAGUUCAACUGACGUUUGCGAGAACGACAGUCUGCUGCAGUCAGUGACCGACAUGACGCCAGAGUUUUGAGGGUCGACGUGAUAUUUGAUGAGAUUGGAAAUGCCCGUUGAUUCAUUCGAUUGUACAAACAGUGAAUACUUCUGUGAAUUAUGCAGCCUGGAUUUUACAACCCAAAAUGUGAGUGCAUUUGUAUAGCCUUACAAAGCUGUAUUAUGCGUUUGUUUGACAGUUAGGUUGUAAAUUAUGCGUUGUUCCUUUGCUUUUUCAUUAUCACCUGGUAUCAACCCUAAAUUAUAAGCUCAUACAGUUAAUUUUCCAAGUAAAAUUUCUAUUUAUCUGUGUUUUUUUUGUAAAGUGUCCGUUACGUGUAUAACAUCGUUCAAUUUAAGUAAAUCAUUUCGAUACAUUUCUUCUUUUACAUGUAGCUUGUCUCUAUACAGUGUAACAGUUACAAAGUGUUUUGUUGAUAAUUAACAUAUGAGUCUUUUCCACAGUCUGUAGUGCUAAUUUAGAAUGAAUGACGUAUUGAAUCUCAUAUGCUUGUGGUACAAGAUAGUUUUGAUAAAGGUCUUUUUUUUAGCUGUAUUGAGAAUGAUUGAAGAAUUUGAAAGAAUAUUUGACAUAUGUGACAGCCCAGGAUUAGUACAGAUGCUUCGAAUUACAGUCAAACCUCUAUUAAGAGUUUUGCUGGGAAUCGGCUAAGAUUUCAAAACUGAUCUUCAGAAAUAAUCGGAUUGACCCACCCAAUCGAUUAUCAACUGUACAUGUAAUUGGUGAACUCUCUUUACAAGAAUUCCAUCAUGGAUGUCUGCUGUAUGGUGUUUACGGACACAAACAAGAAUGUACAAAAUGUAUCAGCAAAGGGAUAUCAGUGGAUUUUUCAAAUAUUUUCAGCACUGUGAAUUUUCUUUUUUUUGUCUACACAUGGUUUGGUGGCAAUAGGAGUAACUGACCUAAGAGAAAAGUGGGAUCACCAUGCUUGGUUUUGAAUCAAGGUCAAAACUGUGCUCUUUGAAAGAAAAAAUUGAAGGGAUCUCAGUGCUCUGAACCUGUCAAAUCCAUGGUGCCCAGCAUACGAUUUCCAUGAGAAGACUAAGAUUUUUGAGGCACCACGGUUCACUGGGCACUGCUAGAGCACAGCCUUGACUGUAAAUUAAUUUUUGUAUUCAGGCAGUAAAAAUUUGCUACAAGAACAUUUUUGCAGAUUAUCAGUUUACAAUGUUAGGUGUAAAAAUAUUCCUUUAAAGAAAUCACUUUUCAAGAUUCCUGCAUCUGUUUUUGAAUUAAUAAGUUGGUUGGCAUAAUCAUGUUAAAAGGAAUGAUAAUUAUGCCAUGUGAAUUUUUUCAACCAUUAUGUUGUGAGUGAUUAGUAAGCCUGUGUACACACGCAAAUUACAUGUGCUAGUUACUUUGUCUUGUGAUAGUAAGGGCACAUGGUUUGCUCUCUUUCAUAGUCAUCGGAUGAAAGGGUCAAGGUAUUAAGACGAAUUGAAAACUUCUAACUAUCCUCCUUUGAGGUCAUUUGAGCACUACAAAAUAUUUCAUAUGAUUUUGUGGUGAUUUCGACCCACUACACCCAAGGUUCUCAAUAAGAGCCGGCGGCAUUUCGGCCACUUCACAUGAACUUGCCGCCUACUUUUCUUUGGAAAUUACCCCUAAGUAAGCCAACAUUUAAUGAUAUCCGUGUUCUGUUCAAACACUCUAAUUUUUAAUCCAGAAUGCUGGAAGCCCAAGUUUCCAAAUUUUUUCCUGAGGGCAUGCCCCUGGAGCCCCCUAGUAACUUCGGCUUUUGGCGCUAGCAAUUCGCACCAGGUGCAAGUUUUUUCCUUUCCCACCCACUCCAAAGCUUUUGCCACCUCAACGUGCAAAGAAAGUAGUGUCCGAUAGCCCGGGGCUAGUGGAUUUUGCUAUCGGGCUAGUGAAUUCUGUUUUUAACUUGCCCGACGGACAAGUGAUCUUCUUUUAGGAAUUCGAAUGACAGAAAAACUGUGAGAUCACUUCUGCUUCAAAAAGCUUUUGGGGCUAGUUGAAAUGACGCUUGGGCUAGUAAAUGUUAGCUUUAGCUUGCCCGAAUGGCAAGCUGUAAAAAUGAUUUUCUUUGCACCCUGCACCUACUUAAAACCUUAUUGAAAACCCUGUACACCAGAACAGCAGAACCAACCUGUUUCAAGUUUUGUGUUUAUAUUGAAAAUAAGGCCUUGCUAGAGAACCAUUAAACACAUGAUGACCCUUUGUUUCUCCACAUUCACUGUUUGGACAAGUUAAAUAAAGGAGUUUUCCAUGUUGAGACUUGAAACAUGCCAAAGAGCUGGAGUAGACAUCUACAUUUCUUGCUUCUCACACUGUUGGAGUGAUUUCUAUGAAAUAUUGUUGAUCUCAGCAAGUCUUUGGCACAGUCAUCUGUAACUUUGACUGACAUUAGCACACUGUCCUGAUUUAUUACCACCUUAAAAUUUCCCUUACAGUGUAUUUGUAUUUCAGAAUCACCUUGUCUCUAAAAUCUCUUAAAAAGUUCAAAAACGGCAUUAUCUCUCAAUUCCAUGGUAGCUGACACCAUCUCGGCAAAAUGAUGCGCAUAAGAGUUGGGCACUGCAAAACAGAGGAAUGACCUUACCUUUGUUCAGUGUUUUUUGUUUGUUUGUUUGUUUGUUAUUUUAUAUGCCGGUGGCAUUAUCAAGUUUCCCAUUUUAUCUCAAGUUGGAGUUUGAAGCUCGUCUCACUACCUGUAAAAUUUGUGAUAUUCAAGUUUUUCUACCCACGUACUAUUAAAGUUUGAUACCGACAGUGUAAUAGCCAAGUUUGAUACUUGGAAGUCGGUAACAAAAGCACACUUUGACAUCAUUCAAUGAACUUACAACCAGUGGACACUGAUGUAUAAUUUGAUGGCUUAAACUCUCUGUGAAAGGAAUAUGCAUCUACAUUUUACUAGAGAUCAUAGUGAGUACAGAUUAAAGUGAACACUGUUCAUGUUAGCCUGUUUUUAGUGAGGGGAUGGGGUGGCUUUAGACAGGCCAUUACAUGUAUGACUGUGUACCAUAAACAUAGAAUAAUAAUUGUUUCUGGAUAAUUUUCAUUGCAGGAAUUGGAAGAGCAUACAUGGUCUAUGCUUCACAAUACAAAUUUGAACAGAAAGCAAGGAAGGUGUGAAAAAGAUUUAUGUACUGUUGCUGUAAAAGUACAACUUUAAGUUAUUCUUUGAACAGCACUGUUUCUUUUGACUACAGUGUAACACAUUUGGGCAGGAAGAGGUUUCGUGGAGAAAUAAAUAGAGAAAUGGGCUUAAUUUAUCAAAAAAGUGUUGUAGCAAAGUAAGAUGAAGAAUCAGUAUGGUACAGUUAUUUCUAGAUUACAUGUAUGUGAAGAUAAUGACUGUAUGAUAUGGAGAUUAGAGAAUUAUGAUCAGUGCACAUGAAGUGUCAAUCAUUUGAGAGCAAUAAUAUUAUUUUAGUGGUCUUUCGAUUUUAUUCUAGGCUGAUUGCAAAAGCUAGUAAAUGUAGCAGUUGACAGGAAAGGGAGUUAAUAACUUCCUUCUUUUAAAAGCAGGUGUUGGGAAAAGGGUGGGGGGAGCUUGAUAGAAUGUAGUACAUAUUCCAUGCAUACAUGUGGUUAACUGCCUAAGUAAAUGCACUAAUAUAAAGGGGCAGAGCGAAGUGUCUGCUUUAUGUGAAAAAUUGUGCACCUCUCACAGCUAAAAAAACUUAAAUGCCAGCUUGUCCUUUGGGCACGCAGCUCUCACAUUAUGCCUAGCCAGGGCCACUUCUUGUUCGUUUUGUUAGAGGAUGACUUGCCUGUUGCCGAUUGGGUAAGAAGCUUUAAGACAGAAUUCAGUAAGAAACUGAAUAAUUUAAAUUUUCAGCGGACAAAAGCCUCAUACCAGAAUAUUUGAAGCCCUGGCUAUCACAUUGUUUUUUACACUUUUCAAGAGCUAUCUGUAAUAACACUAUGAAAGACAAUUUCUUACGGCAGCCCAAGAAAAUAAAUUUCAAAUUUCAAAUUUCAAAGGAGUUGAGAAAACACAGGUAAAAUCAUCAUGUGUAAGAUUUCUUUUGUGAAAUUUCAGGCUUUUGAAGUUUGUUUUCUUGGGCUCGAAGAAGAGCCUUUUCUUCAAAGUUAUUUCAUAGAGUGUAUUACUUUUACAGCCCUUGAAAUAUGUGAAACCGAAUGCAAUAUGCUUGAAAUUAUUAUUCUGGUACAAGGUUUUUCUCCCCGGAAUAGACAAUCCCCACCUCUGGGACCAAAAGUACUGUUUUUAAUAGAGAGGUGUGAGUAUUAUAGGGUCUUCUGUAGGAGAGGUUCAUCGGUACAUGUGAGUCAGUGCCAAACAAAAUUCAUCAGAUUAGUAGUGUAGAAGAUUCUGGGGAACUACCCAAAAACCCUUCCCCUAAGCCAGCGUUUUGCCCUAACUAAGAGGUGUCAGUGGGUAUUGACCCAUUAUCUUGUAAUGAUCCAAUUCAUCACUUACUAGACAUUGAUUUUUUAACUGUUUUACUCCCAAGAUCUUGUUAGAAAUUCUCCUUCUGGCUUUGAUUCAUUACCUUGAAGUUUAGUUAAGCAGGGUGCAAAGAAAAUCAGUUUUACAGCUUGCCAUUCGGGCAAGCUGAUGCUAACAUUUACUAGCCCAGAGGUCAUUUCAACUAGCCGCAAAAGCUUUUUGAAGAGCAGAAUUGAUCUCACAGUUCUUCUGUUAUUCGAAUUCCUCAAAAAAAAUCACUUGCCUGUCGGGCAAGUUAAAAACAGAAUUCACUAGCCCGAUAGCAAAAUCCACUAGCCACGGGCUAUCAGACACUACUUUCUUUGCACGCUGAGUUAAGACAAUUUUUGGGUUACCUGGUAUAUGAAAUUAUGAUAUAAUGUGCACUUUGAUUGGUUAAAAAAAAGUGUGAUUUAUGAGAGUAUAAAACAUGGACCUAAAGCUGUCAUGCCAUCUUCUAAUCGUUUGUUUUGAAAAUUAGAAAGUAAUGAAUGGGGAAUUUAAUGGAUUAUUUUUCAUAGAACCAGUAAAGAAUCCAGGUUCACUGUGCUCUGUUCUGUUGUAAACACUUACAUUGUAGGAAGUGGUUAGAGCACCCACGAAGAAGGGAGAAACCAGGGAGAAUAUCUGUGUUUCCCCUAACACUUUUUUAUGCUCUAGCCGCUUCCUCGACGCUUUACAACAGAACGGAGCACAGUGAAGGAUUCUUAUUUGUUAAAUAACAUUUUUCCAGCUGAUACAUUUACCUAUUGUCAUCACCUGUUUGCCAGACAAUGUUGGAGAUGUUACAUUCCAGUCACUUCUGGGCAUUUAAGAGUUAACCUUGCUAAUUGCAGACAAAAAAGUGGAAGAAUAAGGUUAUCAAUAAUAGUUAACCUUUGUAGUCCCAGUGUCAGUUGUCAAAUGAAGUCAGCCUAACAAAAAAACCUCACCAACAUGAUGUAGGCAACCUUUUUAGGUUAGCCAACAUGUCAGGCAAAUGCAAAGACCUUUUCCUUGAUUUAGCAAACCACCCAAGGCAUAUUAAAUUAACAGAUUCUUAUGUGCAAAGGAGCAUUUCUCUGACUUCACUUACCUUUUUUUUACAUUUUAGAGAUUGUGUUCACCGCUGCAGCUUGUGUAGGCAGGAAUUUGUUGGAUUAUUAGAAUUCACUGGUCAUUUGCAUGGUGACAGCCAUCAAGAGAAGCUUCACAACUGGCGAAGGGAUCAGCAGCGGGAGUGGAGUCCAGAAAAGCAGCAGCUAGAUAGCCCGGGUCAAAGACAGGGAAACAGGCCAAUUGCUGACUGGAGUACAGACGAUUUUUCUGAUUUUGUAGAGUAUUUUAGUGACCACGGUGGGGAGGCACAUAUGAACAACAACAAGCACAGGGGUAGGGGUAGGGGUCCACCCAUUCCCAGGCUGAUGGAUGGUGCGCCUCAGCCUGACUACCGCUACCAUGAUAGGAGAAGGGACAGAAGAGAGCACUAUCAAGAAGGGGGAUAUCCACCAUGGAAUGAUGGUGGCAGAGACCAGAUGAGAGAAUUUAGAGACAGUCCACCGCCACAGGGUCCUGAAUAUCCAGGAAUGGAUUACCCGGAUCAGGAGUAUGACAGAUAUCAUUGGAGAAGGAACACUGAUGAACGAUAUAAUGACAGGUAUUAUGACCACUCCGGGUACAUGUAUCCCGACGAUGGAUGGAGACCCCCUCAUGACACAAAUCAACAGUUUAGAUCGAGACGUGAUAGUCAACCUCGUCGCUAUGGCGACGGAGAUUUAAGGCGUAACAGCAACUCGCCACACAAUAGUUCAAGGCAAAAGCUAAGUUCUGUUGUCUCUUCUAAAAAACAGAGUGAUAAAAGUCCUAGCUCUAGAAACAAAGACACUGAAGGAUCAGCUGAGAGCAGGAAGAAACAGUCACCGCGUGAUAAGGAAGCCCUGGGUAAAAGCUCCCCAGGUGCAACAAGUAGAAAAGCGUCAAAGGAUAGGACAUCGUCUCCGAAGGCGAAUUCUUCCUCAGGGAGUCCAAGUGGAAAAAAUACAAGGAAAGGAACUCCUCGGAAGCUAGCGAGACCUGUGGAAGAAAAUGUCGAGAAAGACAAUGAUCGUAAGAGUAAAAGCCCCACAACGGAAGAAGACUCUGAGGCAGUUACGAGAAAAGUGCAAGUUGAUCGUAAUAAUAAAAUGGAGAUCACAGUUAUGGCAAAAGAAAAAGUUGUGGCGGAACAUCCAAAAGAGCCUACACUUUCGUCUGUUGUCAAAGCAACGAAGGAUUUGCCAACUGAGGAAUCAAGUAAAUCAAAAAGUAAAGAGAAUACAGCGAUUAACCCAUCGUUAUCAUCACGUGCAAAUGCCCAAGGAGGGGACUCCUCAUCAGCCAGAAAUGAUGUCUAUUCUUCAGCUACCAUCAAGGAUUCCUCCGUAACAAUUAAAGAGGAAAUUCUUUCCUCAAGCAAAGAAGAUAAAACAAACUGUCAUACAACGGAUAAAAGAGACUCUUUAUCGACACUCAACCCGUCGCUAUCAUCUAAAGGAAGUUCUCCUCCGAACCUUGACAGAAGACAAGUAUCUGUAAUAGGAAAAGAUAAAGUUGAAACUGUCACGGACAAAAAUCAAUCAGCAACCUCGUUGCUCGAAAAAUUUCCAAAAGAAAAACCUGCCCCUUUUCUGGGUAAAAAGAACAAUCCUUCUGAUCAAUCAACUGAGAAAGCCAAUAGUGAAGAAAACAAAGACACACAAAGUCGUGAACUUGGAGCGGAUUCUCCAUCAUCAUUUACAAUGAGGAGUGAAUCAGCAUUAAAUUCCAAAAGUUCAAACGGGCCAUCAUUCACGAUAGAAAAAUUGUCAACUGUAUCUUCGACCAGAGAAAAACAAAGUUCUCUUGGUUUUGCUCAAAAUUCAAGUUCCUUGAUGUCAGGGAGUGAAAGAAAUAAAACAUUCGGUGUCAAUGUUUCAAGUCAAAGCGAUCAGAAAGGUGAUAUUUCAGCAUCCUCUGCAAGCACAAUCUCAACCAUAAGUUCGCUACCUUGGGAGAAACGGGAGGAAAAACUCAGGUCUUUACUCGGAAUAAAGAAAGAGCCAAAGGAUACGGAGGUAACUGGAAGGAUUUUAAUUCCUUAGGGAGGUCUGCCUACUAUGCAAUAACGUAGGCAAACUGGUUUUCCAGUGGAACUAUUGUUGUCGUCGUUGUUUUGUUUGUUUGUUUGUUUGUUUAUGCCUUUUCCUAACAUUUUGGCCUUUUUGUCUUCGCCUGGCCCUUUUAGCUCUGCAUGUGACUUUUCACCUUUGUCCCUUGGUUUGUACCCUCUACGCUACGUUUUACCUAUUUCGUUAUAAAAUGUAUUUUCUCAUUCUGAGUAAUGACUUAGUAACAGAAAACAAAGAUUACGUAUUUUCUCGAUGCUGCACAGCAAAAUGUACGGUACCAUAAAACUGUAAAUUUGGGUAAUGUACGUGCGGUUGUCAUCCUCAGAGAUCCUGGCGCAGAACGGAGGGAAGAAUUGUCCCGCCCUGACAAGCUGCCCCCGGGUCUCCGAGGAUCGGUACUAAUAAAUAAACCUGCGUAUUGCGUGAAAAAGUCCUGGUUCUUGCGUGGAAAUCAACUCCUUACUCUACACAUACACUGUACUGUAAUGUUUUCUCCUUUCAGAACCAAGAAGACUCCAUCUCACGUUCAUUGGCCAAACCUAACACAGUGACAACAGAGAGCGAGAAGAUAGCUUCUGUUCCCAGCCAAAGCCUGUCGUCACCAAAGUCAUCCUUUGGCAGUGGGUCUGUUAAAGGAUCUUCCUCGCGACACAUUCCAGGGUUUUCCCAGUUGUCAUUGUCACGUCCGCAGUGUAGUUUUGUUCAUAUUGACGGAGUGCAGUGUGGUGCAACCACUUGGAAUAAGUAAGUGAAUAAGAAAUGCAUACAUUCACUGAUAAAAUGACUAAGGAGUUGAGCUCAGGAAGCAGACAGUUUGGAUAUUGGCCAAGUUCUCUUUCUUUUUGGUGUCAAGAUUGUUCCAUCUUGCCCUCUCGGCUUGCAAACCACAACACAGGAUUCGCUCCAUCUUGCCCGCUCUCAGAAGAUGUUGUAUAGUAAUUAGCCUUUUUAUUUAUUUAUUUAUUUUGAUUAUUUUAUCUAUUUAUCUUGCAGAGAUAAUUUCCUUUUUCCUGUUCCCACAGGUACUGUUCUUAUCAUCAGCGAGUAUUCAAAGGCGAUGAAAACAGCACCCAGGAGCAGAGCGUCAACUCAGCCGUGAGGAAUGCGUCGAGAGACGAAACUCACGAUCGCGAAUCAUCUACGAGAUCCCUGAUAAAUAUUUCUGGAGGGACACAAAUAUUCAAACCGAUCGCAUCCUCUAACAAUCCUAAUGAGCUUUUCGGUUUUGCCUCAGGUCCGGAAGAAAAGAUUGGUCGAAGUUCCUCCCAUUUGGACGAAUCAAAGAACAUACAAGAAGCGAAAGAACCUGAAAAAACUAGUCAGGGUGUUACAAAAACUGGUCGUGAGGUCGAUCUCAACUCCAUUUUGUACACAGCAGCGGGGACUACUGGCGAUGCCCCCUCGGGAAAGAUUGAUCUUAGCACCACUGGAGGUUCAAGAAAUUUGCUUCUACGGGGAUCUUCGUCGGCUAUUAAUAGCGAUCGCAGCGUUGGUGCAAGUACUGUUGCCAAGCCUGGUGCAAAUGUUGGUGGUAACAUUGAUUUAAGUGACACAGUACCAAGACCAAGAAGACUGUUGGGCUAUCACGAUACAACCAUGGAAAGCGACAUUGACAGACCUGGAAUUGAUUUAAGUGACACUGUGCCAAACCUUGAGGGAUUUCUAGCUUUGCAUAGCUCUUCAACUGUGGAUGCUAAGGGUGGCUCGCAUAUUGACUCUAGAACGGGGAGAUCUCGGACGUAUCAAGAAGGGAGGGUCGCUCAAAGAGGGCAAAAUACCGACCUGAGUUCAACGAUACCAAAUCGCGAAGAUAGUAGUCCAAGUAUCGAUCUGAAUGAGACUAUACCCCAACCUAUCAGAUCUCGAACGCCACAUUUUGAACUCAAGGAAGCACACCUGCCAAACGCAAACCGCCAGCCUACAACUAGCUCCUUGACUUCAGGUGUAAAUAGCGGUGUCAUUUAUCCACUGAAACAUUCGGUGAAAGUUGAACCUGAAGAACAAAGAUCACAAGCCUCGGAAACUCAAAACACAGGAAUGAUUGAUUUGAGCUUUAGCACUAAACUUUUGGGUUUGCCGCAUUCCGUUGUUGCACCUUUCAACUCUGGCAAUCUCCCACCACAAAAACCGUCGAGAGAAUCGACCCAAUCACCGUCUGAAUUUUCCACCAAGUCGUCCGUUCUUUCCUCUCCGCGAAGCUAUGCGCCCUCUUCUCCUCAGAGCCCAAUGUUUACUCGGAGAGUUUCUUCGACAACGCCUUUACCUACGGAUCAAUCUGCUACUCAUGGAUCUACCAUUUCGCUACCCAGUCUAUCGCUUGAUCUGUCGCGGUUUAACCUUCCUCCUGCCGUUCGGAAAGCUUUGGCAGAACGUUACAGUGGAAAAAAGGCGACCAGUACUGCUGGCGUUGACCCUGUUGAGUCUAACGACGGUCGCAGAUCACAGCCUCUCUUCUCAGAGCAUAGGACUGAACGCUCAUUUGAGCCCGGAAAAAAAGCGUCUCCUUUGCCAGCGAGGCUGCGAUCUCGCGGUCAACGAAGUAUCAGUUUAGAUUCUCCCAUGGUAAGAAGAGAUUUCUUGCACACCGGCGAGUUGCCAAGGUCAAAGUUGCUUGAGACGGGAAGUACGUUUGAUGCAAACCAGUUUUUUAGUAGGCGAUUCAACAACGAGGGUCUUCAACAAGCUAUUCCACGCGCUUCGGACAUCUUUGGUGAGAGCUCAAUUACGACGUCAAAUAAUGUGCCAGUUCAGUCUUCUACCACAUUACUCCCUUUUAAUGUACACUCCAGGGAUGCCCCCUCUCACACUAGACCACCCGCUCAAGAGUCCACAAAUUUUCUUCAAAGACGAGGGCUUAUCGAUUUAAGCUCAACAUCCUAUCUUAAAGGAAUGCCAGUUCCCUCAGUUGACCAUGGAAGAAUAGCCGAUGGUUCUCAACUAACUUCGGACAAUUCACGAUCGCCUGUGAGACCAUCUGUUCUUCAGGGCCGAGGCUUGAUCGAUUUGAAUACUAGUAUGGAGUAUGGCGCACGGGUAUCUGCUACGGAAAGCUCCGACACACCUCCUGUGAUAAAACGUAAACGUAUAAACUCCUGGGAAGACUCGGAGAGUGUUUCGAGUGAGAGCGCUGAAAAGGAAGUUAAAAGGUCUAAGCAGGAGGAGAAAGACAAUGAAAAUGACAAGCCUGUUACAUACCAGUCCGGGUUGAAUGUUCAGGAGUUGCUAUCAAUCGAACGCGAGGAACAAAAUCAGUUACAAAAUCUUCACGCUGUGCAGUCCAGGUUGAAAUCCGUCCGCUCGCAAAUUCAGAAACUGUGUACCGAGCUGGACUCACUAAGUAGCGAAGAACAACGGAUUACACUCAGAAUGGGGGAACUGCGGAAUUCGCGACUCAGUAUUCUUGAAAGUGCUUGCUACCAGAGACAAGUUCCUUUGCAGGCGAACACUGAAACGUUGCGUAGAGAAACAAGUACAGCUGCAACGCAAGUUGGAGAGGACGACAGCAAAUCAACGUCGUUUGAGUCAGAUACGUAUGUCGAUAAUUCUAGGACAGUUGGAAGUGAUCACGGGAAGAGUCAAGUAAUUGGCUCUUCCCAGGAUGUUAAUAUUAAUGCUGCGAAAAGUCCAUCGAAUGAUGGUCGCGAGGUCGGUAUGGACUCAGAGUUUGAGAUUACCCAGGCGGAGCUCGAAACUGACUCUUCUGCAUUUUCAGUUACAGAGACUUCACAGAAUACCAUCGGCUGUACUCAAUCCCCACAAUCAGUGGCACAUUCUUCUGUUAUAACAACCACAAGAUCUGUUUCCACAGACGAAACACCGCACGGCAGGCAGACGAGUGAGAAAUUUUUAGAAAGGCUGUUCUUAGCAUCUAAACGGGUAGCAAAGGAAACCAGCUCGACUAGCGAGGUGGAUUCGAAACGAGCUGGUAUUUCUAAACAGACUUAUACAGCCUCGAGUGAUGGUGAUGCUGCUACUGAACAUAGUAGUUUAGGUGCAGCUGAUGCUCAUAGUAGUCUGGGUGCAGCUGAUACACAGUUAAUAGUUGAAAAUCCAGUGUUAGUGAACCAAUCUGACCAAAGCCGCGCGGAAGGAGAGGCCCAUAGCAAGGUCGUUAGUGUGCAACCAAAUGAACAAACGAAAAGUGAUCUCGUCAAAAAGGUCCAAUAUCUUCAUCCACAGGAAAAAUCGCUCUUCAGGAAAAAGAGCUUUUCUGAUAUCAACGUUUCUAAGACAAUUGAGGCGAGUAGGAAGAAGAUUCAGUCGGUUAGAGAAAAUAUGAAUAGGUGGAAACAACAGGAAGACAGCAUUGAUACACAGGUUUCAAGCAAGGGGAAAAGUUCAAAACAACGCGAUACGCUUUCUUCGUCUUCUAGCGCAAAUUCUUCGGAGAUACCUUCCAAGGACAAACAAAAACCUUCUCCUCUUAAAAUCACAAUUCAAGAUAAGCCUUCGCCUAGAAAGACUAGCAAAGACCUGAAAAAAUCCAGCCUUUUUCAAUCCGGAAAGAAAGACUUUAAAGGGACACGAAAAAGUAAAGCGGAGAAGUUGCAGUUAAGAGAUAAAAGACACAACCAAAAAGACGCCAUCCCGUCGAAGAGACGAAGAAUCGACGAUAGUUCGAGUAACGAUACCCAGAAUAGCGUCCCAGCGGCGGAGAAAGCUUUAUUCAAUCGAAGAAGUGAAGUUGUUAGUGCUGCUGCUCAUACAACCACAGCCGAUUUAGGGCCAUCUGGAACUGAGGAAAAAGAUGAGGUCCCCACGCGAGAUGUGGUAUGUCUAAACUUUCCUUCCUGACUUGAUAAUAAACAAUUAUUAGAUUCGGUUUUUGUGAUAUCCGGAAUAAUCAAGGUCGAGGUAAGUGUUAUCGGCUGAGGCUAAUAACACUAACCGAGACCUUGAUUAUUCCGGAUAUCACAAAAACCGAAUCUAAUAAUUGUUUUAUUAUACUUUAUCUUCAAGUUAUUUCUCAAUUGUCCGCGAACUCGACAUUGCUGUCCGUGCACUUAACAUUGCUCUUGGAAAUCAUAGAUUAGUGAAUAAUCUGUAGGUUGCGCUGUUUCCCAGAAUUAACUGUAGGCUUUUAGCCAAUGAGAAGACAGAUGGUGACUACAAUGUAUAAUAAUAGUUCUAAUACCGCGUAAAAGUACAACCCAGCAUUGUUGUGUUUGACCUUUAUGUAGUCCCUCUAAACGAUCCCAAGACGCUUUGUGGUCGCAUAUCGUACCCAGUUUUUCACUCGUUUAAACAUGGCAAAUUCAGUACUUCAGCUUUCAUUAAGAUGCUCACAUGUAGCCCAUCUACAGUCGUAUGAAAUUUCCCCUACUUGCUGGUGUGACAGUAAUUCAUGAAAGUGUUGUUUAUAUUUGCAGGACGGUCGGUCGAAGAAUACGUCAAGCGGUGUUCAUUCCCACCCAAGUCAUCCUCAAAUGCCUUCUUCAACUGAAGAGUCGUUAAAGAGGACUACACAUAACUCUAAAGGUAGCUUUAACAGUAAAUUACAGCUCCUCGUUCUUUCUAGGCUGAGAUCAGUCAGACAACCCCCGAAAGCUUCAUUGUACUUUUGAUUCACCCGAAAGGUUUGCACUCUUAUCUUAAGUGAAGGCGGUUAAGCCCUCUCCCAAACGCAAAACGAUAAAACUUUAUCAUUUGAUAACUUGUUUACUAUACGACACUGCAACGUUCUCACUAAAACUCGUAGUUAAGUGACGCCGGCUACCACGUUUUCCCCCGAAAAUGACGUUGGUUCACGGGCGCGCAGUACUUAGUAUUGAGAAAAUCUCGACCUCUUAGUUGUUCUCGACUUGAAAAUCUGAAGGUCUUUAUUGAGGCGACCGUUAAUGUGUAGGGAGGCAACUGACCACGUUUGUUCAAACUAUCCGUCGGAUAAGUAUCAGGGAAACCAAUUGUUUUAUUCACUGCAAAGAGAUUAAAUCAGCAAAUAGCGCGUUAUACACCAUUUGAACAACUAGGACCCGUCAGUCCUGAAUCAUGGUCUAUUCCAAACCUGUCAACAUAAAGUGGCAUGAACGUGCCUUUGUUUUCCUCAGGUAUCACGUAUUUAUGAGGGGUUUUGUUAAUGUGUUUUAAUGUUAAUGGCGUCUUGUUGAACUUCUGCAGAUGGUAAAAAACGCGGGCCAUUUGCAACGAAGUUUGUGGGCCACAAGGGAGCAGUGUGUGGCUUAAAGGUACCGUAAGUCAAAGUCAGAUUCUUGAGCAGUUGAAAAUAGCAGUCACUGCUGAUACAGUAAAAAACCCGCGUAUAAGAAGCUCCUUUUAAGUGUGGCGAAAUAGAUACUUGUAUUUUGGGGUACUCAUUGGCAAUUUAGGCUAAGCAGGUUCUUAAUUAGGUUCCUUAUUUCCUAACAUGUACAAUGGUUGCUGACUACUGGAAAAAUAACGAAACUUUGAGUUUGGUCCUUAAAAAUACGUUAAAUAUUCACAACUGUACAUUGCAAAUCUGCCUUAUGCGAGGCCCAUGAUGACAAUUACAUGUACAGUCUGUACAAUAUAUUAACCUGUUUUUGUUGUAGGAAUUACAGUAAGACUUUUAUUAGCAAUUACAGUUGGUCACAGCAUUUUCUUGUAAUAUAAAAGUCAACCUCGUUGGUUAAAAUGUUUAUCGUAAUUUAGCUGUGACCCACAGAUAAGAACCUGCUUGAUCUUGCUUGGCUAAACAGGUUCUUGUAUUUUUGAGGGGUAUUAAAGUGGCAAUUUUCAGCGCGGAGGUUUUCAAUCCACUAGUUUUCUAUACGCGAAUAUUUACUGUAUUACUAAUUCCCUCUCGAAAGGAUUAUAGUGAUUAAACUUAAAAGAGAAUUCAUCUCAGAAACGGUUUUGAAUCCUUAGUUUUAGGGCUGGAGGUCAGAAUGAGAUCAAUAAUUUGGUCAAGUGAUUUUAGAUAUUAAUUAAGGACAAAAGAUGAUAUUUAUCAGGUGUUAUGAAACGAUCUGAUUCUACAUAAAUGUAAUUUUCAGGUGCACAACGGUCAUUUGUUUACUUGUUCAGCGGACAAAACUACAAGAUCAUUUAGUAUUCAGGUCAGUACACCCUGUGAACCCAACCCGGGUAGCUUCCGUGGUGACCACUGUCUAUUCUUUCUUUACAUUAUCUCUACCCCAUCAAACACAGAGGUGUCUAGAGGCUUAUUCAGAAUGGGCAACCCUGGUUGUUUACCAUUUACUUGGACAAACCGGUCGGUUCAUGGAAAAACAAAACUCGUUCAAGAUUAAAAAAAUUCCGGGUUUUGUUAAUGGUAAACAACCCCUUGCUCGAAGGAAAUUUCUAAGACCAUAAGAAAAGCUUCCUUGAAAAAGCUUUCUCGGCGCUGCAGCUUGCGCUCGAAAAACACCUCACAGGAGGAGGUGUAGUGGGGUUUGAAUGUUUGCUUUUGGGCUGUGCCCCUUGGAAGGUUGCAUGCCAGGAAGAUUGUAGCCUGUUCCAGGCUCCGAGAUAGUCGGGUCCGCUGAAUUGAGAAAGCGCAAACACGAAAAUAAAACGGGAGUAAACUGGGGAGAGCUUUUUCCCCCCCCCGCCAACUUUUCGCGAGCCUUUUUACUUUCGCGUCUCCCCCACUAUCUGAGAGCUUGGAACAGGCUAGGAAGAUUGAAAACAAGACAUCUGUGUGAACUGUCUGAAAUGCAACUUGAAUCUUCGCAAAACUAAUGUGCGGUAAUUUCUUUCAUUUAUUUUCGUAUUUUGUAGACUGGAGAAUGCGUCAAACUUUACCAAGGGCAUCAUCAAGCAGUUAAUUGUGUUGAGGUUUGUACUCACAUGUCAACACGCUCAACUAUCACUCCAUAUAUGAUCGUAGCUAUUUUUUUUAUUUGUACCAAACAAUGUAAUUAUUCGCUGUUUUAUUGACCUUAACAACAGGUAACCGAGGAUAGUGGCCGACUUUUUACCGGCUCAAAUGACCAAACAGUGCGAAGUUACGACAUAAAGGUACCUAACACAAUUAACGUAGCCUGCGAGCAAGCUUUCUCUGCAUUUUUUGUUUGUUUGCUUGUUUGUUUCCUUCCUUCCUUCCUUCCUUUCUAUCCCCCUCCCCCCUCUUUCAUUUUUUUGCUCUCGUUCCAUUUCUUGCUCGGCCGAAACCGAAAAUCCCGUUCCUCGGUCUUUUUUGCUCCGAAACCAAACGGAAACGCUUGCUAUGCAGGCUAUUUGUUUCGUAUUUCCACUGAGAGAGCUUGCUUGUACAGCAUUAGUUUGUUCUUAAUGUUUUGUCAACCAGACGUUUGCUGGAACAUACACGCGCAUCUACUCAGCGCCACGACUCAGUAGUUACCAUAUGUACCAUUACUAACACACGAAAGCUAAGUGUUUUUUCUUUAAUUUUCAUUUUCAGACUGGCGUUUGCACGCAUAGGUUCACGUUUGAUGGGCGAGUGAUGUGUCUUCACGCAGCCUUUGAUCUACUCUUUGUCGGAUUAAACUCGGGCAUAGUGGCUUCCAUAGAUCUUUUGGUAAGUGUGGCCAUGAGGUGAACGCGGCGUGGGUGUUAAGGUUCGAGGAUGCGUGGAGCACGCGCAUUUUGAACCCUAUAUUUUAGACUGUUAAGGCACGUGGGUGCGUGGAGACUGCGCAGUUUCAACCUGUUUAGGGGACUUGCGAUAGUUCCUCUUCCUUUUUUGUACUCAAUUCUAUCAGUCGUUGCCAAACGUGGUCAAGAAAUAUUUGUUAACGAGUUAUACGAAACACGAGACAUGCUUGUCAUUUAUCAUGCUUGGUGCCCUCACUGCUAACUCUUUAAUGAACUGUUCAUUGAAUGGGAGUCAUAGGUCUAUCUUGGAUCGGUAUUGGGCUCGAUUUCUCAUUUUUCCGGCGAGCGGCUGGUAAUCGAGCCUCGAUCAGGAUAAGAUUCUAGUAAACAGCCCACCUACCUCUCCUUUGACCCAACGCUGAGCAAAAUAUUGGGGUAGGGGAUGGGUAGGUUACACAAAGAUAAUUGGAUCAGAAUAAAGUUUUGGUAAACUGCCCACCUACCCCUUCCCCAACCAACUUUUAAACAAACUACUCUCCUAGGAGAAAAUGUUGGUAAUGGGAGUCUCGCGAAUUUCGCGUGAGUUAGCGUUCGAGAACGAACAAACGAGAGUAAGCACUUGAGAGGGGGCGUGCGAGAGCGAGCGGGACACGCGAGAGAAAAAGUAGGGUAUAGAAACUUCAUUAGAUCAAGAAGAACUCUUUGGAAAGUAAGUAAGUUCUUUCUCCAUGUCAACGCUUUAUCGUUAUGUCCCUGGCCUUCGCCAUAACAAAUUAACUGGACCAAUUACAUUGCGCUAGCGAUCAUCAAAUCCCUCCUCAUUUUUAUUAUAAUAAUCAAUAUACACGCGUUCGGCGAUCUCUGCAGAUUUAAGCGGACCAUUGUGGACUUAGCCUUAGAUAAUUAAGCCCCUCAAAUUCCAGUAAUCAUCCGCAAGAAUGUUCCAACUGAUAUUUUUGAUUUUAAGCCUGAUGCAAUUUUCUACAGGUUUCAGUGAAAAAUUGUUCUCUCAUCUAAUUGUGGUUUUACAAAUGUUUUUUGCAAAUAGGUGUAGAAAUGUUGGAUCACUCAUUAGUCUUGAAUUAUUGUCAGUGCCAGUUUAGACAAUGAAAUCGGCGCAAUGACGGUGCUUCUGUGACACACGCUGAUUUUCCAACGAACUUGCACCAAAAUGUUAUAGCAAAAUCAGAAUUUGACGACAGUUUUCUGGUUUUAAACAUUUUGUCGCGUCAUUUCUUUUGUUAAGUACAUAUGGUCAAACAACGCUUAGUUUUUCCAAGUAAAUGUAUUCUCCGUUGCUUUCAACGAGGUAAUACGGAAACCAUAAUGUAGAACCGUGUCGCUGCGCUUGUAAACUGUCAGCGGUUGCCAGGCUUAAACUCUGUCUCAGGCUCCUUCGGUCAUCUUUGUUCAAAGGACUGGUAUCAGAUGUUGAAGACGGCAUUGCUAUUUCCUCCACGUCGUGGCCUUUGGCGUGUGGAACCCAGUUUAGCAGAAACAUUACGGCCGUGGACAGUAUUGUCACUGCACCCGUGAGAAAAAACGACGCGUUGUAGUCUUUAGUCGUGUCAUAGAGCGAUCCCGCAAUGGGCGGUCCAAGCGUUUUUGGAAAUGCCAUUAUGCAAUAAAGCGCGCCUAUAGCGCUACUGACUUUGCGCGGGCCCACGAUAUCCCGCGUGAUCACAGGCACAAGCAUUUCAUAACCACCGUCGAGUACGCCGAAUGCGGACGCGUACACGCAAAUCCAUUCGUAUUUUUUUGCCAUGGUAACAACGGAGGAUGAAAUUGCUAUCGAGAGCAGGAUAAGUUGGCAAAUUUUAAGGCGGUUAAACUUCGGAAGAUCACAUACAGCUCCAAAUAUUAGACUUCCCAAGAGACCUCCGCCGGCCAUGUAACCUGUUAGAAGGGAGGCUUGGCUCUUCCGUGCUCCUCUAUCUUCAGCGAAACGCACCUGAAAGGGAGUCAAAACUGACUAAAAACACUUCUAAUAACAUAAUAACCCUUUCACUGCCAAAAGUGACCACCAAAGUCAAAUUUUGGCAAAGAUUUUCAAUUUUCAUUAAGUAAAAUGCUGAAAAACAAAUGGCACCAUGUGAAAGGAUUAACAAAGAGGCUUUAUUAAAAUGGCACAUCACAAGAUUUCAUUCGCCGACCCAAAGGGUGGAAUUACACACAAAAUAAUUAGUACCACGUGUUCCAUGUUUUGUGGUGUGAAUGUGACGUUUCCUAAUGAAAUUUUUUUCAAAACAAAUUUGCGCAAAUGUUUCAAUCUUCAACUGAGCUUCUUGCCAUCUUAGGCCUAUUGCUGGUUUGCACGUGACGUCACGGCAGCCAUUUUGGUCAAGAACAAAAGCAUUCUCUCCUCUGGGAACUAAACUCUAUUUUCAUGGAAAUUCUUCAAGAAAAAUUCUAUUGUUUUGACCCCUAACAUGGCCGCCUUGUAACGUGGUUGGAAACCAAAAAUAUGAUAACUUACCAAAUGGACGAAAGGCACCAAAAAAACCAACAUAAAAAUGCAAAGCGCGGCGACCCAGAUGGCGUAUCCUCUGUUUCUAAAAAUGGCAAAGUCGCACAUCGUUUUCCUGUUCAAUUGCGCUUUUUCCCUUUCCACUGGACGAAACGUCAGUGCACUAAGAAACAUUAGACUCUGAACGCCAGCGAGAAUUCGAAAUGUCACCGCAAGUCCGUAUUUCGACGAAAGGGUUUGUAUGAGAGGGCCAUAUGCGAGGGUACCAAUAGCUGCUCCCGCCAGCGCCAUCCCAGAUGCAAGGGCCAGGCGCCUUCUGAAGUACUUGGUUAGGAUCACAAGCGAAGGGAAUAAACCUAGACUUGAUCCCAGGCCCCAAAUCACACCAUAUGUAACGAACAGAGGUUGAAGUGUUGUUGCAAAGGAGCUGGCGAAGAGUCCUGCGGCCGAUACAAAUGAGCCCGCAAUCACCACUGCUCGACUUCCGUAACGUUCAGCUAGGGUAGUGCCAACAGCGGCAAAUAAGUACAUCAUGCUGGAAGCCAGUGAAACUACCCAAGCUGCCAAAGAGUAUAAUAAAUAUUUUACCUGACGAAAAUAUCAAAUCACGUCGUAAAAAUACUGAAAAACAACUGGUUUCGUUUGAAAGUACUUACUGACGCGUGAAAGAUCAUCGAAGUUAUUUAUGCAGCUUAGCAUUUGACAUAAAGUCCUUAUAACCCAAAACAUUUGAGGAGCCGGACAAGGUCUUCAUAUGACUUCAAAAGCUUUAGUAUAGUUCUUAAAGAAAGAAAAAUUUCAGUGGUAAAGAUCUAAUCUUUCCGAAAAAAAAGAUUUAAAAAAAACGAAAGUACCGUAUUUAUUCGAAUAAGCACCCAGCCUCGAAUUAGCGCCCAGCUGGAAUAACCGCUCAUCCUAAAUGCAGAAAAAGUUAAUAAGCGCUCAGCCUCGAGUAAGCACCUACCCCUCCCCCUCCCACUCAAACUCCGAUAAGUACCCACCCACACCCCGCCCCUUCCCCCUCCCUCCCAGUUGAGAGAAAAUGAGAUUGGAAUUGAAAUUGAAUAAGUACUAAUAAGGACUUCUCCGAAGACGAAGUCUUCUUCAGAGUAUUUUACAGAAAUCUUGCUUUUUUACAUCCUCGCGUUUUGUUCUUACAAUUCAUUGUUUUGUUGCAAAAUAAUAUUACUACACUUGCCGAAAAUGGUGAAAAUUUAAUAAGCGCCCAGCCUCGAAUAAGUGCCAACUCUCAAGAUCCGUAAAUUUAAUAAGCGCUCAGGGCGGUUAAUCGAAUAAAUACGGUAACCUUAGGAGCUUAGGUAAGGUGAAUUCUUGAUUGUCGUUUCCGGAAGUCUGUGGGGAUACCUGCUUACCACCAGGUUUUUCUGAAAGACAAGGACACUUUCUAUUUCAUUUUUUUCUGUCUUACGUCAUUUUAUUAGGUUUUGCUUUGUUUUAUUGUUUCCUUUUUUUAUGAAUGACACGAACAUCGAGACAUAAACACGUUGUAAUCCCGGUGCAAGCGAGAAUUUGUUGCUCACGACACUGAAUUACCAAAUCCUCUUUAUGCCAUUGUCCAAGGGUAAUCAUUGUCUUUGAUAACUCUUGGAUUUGAAUUUUGCCGCUCGGAAUUAAGCGGUCUUAUAGUUUGUUGCAUCCUUCCUAACCUUAAAAAAAAGCCAAAGCCAUUCUAUUGUUUGCUCUCUCAAGCUAGCUGUUAUUCUGGAAGUUUCUGACUUAGCUAUACUAUAUUAUGACUUAUAGAUGUCAGAAAUAUGAGCUGAGAGUGAAAAUAAUGUACAGACGCUCUUUGUUAACGUAGUCGAGCAUGAUAUUAGCCUGUUCCAAGCGUUCAGAUAGUGGAGAGCGGUGCGAAGUAAAGAAAGCGAUAAAAAGUAGAGAACGGUUUUUACUUCGCACCGCUCCCCACUAUCUGAACGCCUGGCACAGGCUAGCAUGAUAUGAGAAACGUUGGCCGUCCUUAUAGUAUCGGAUCACUUCAGUUUGAACUCUCUUAAUCAAGUCGUGGCCAAAUAAAAUGUAGAAUUUUUCCCUCAUUAAAAGAGUUGUAAAUUACUAGAAGUAAGUAGAGGGCAUUUGUUCGAGUCGACUUUUGUCAGUUGUCUGGCACAAAGACACAAUAUAUCUCAUCCAUACCUGUUUCUCCUCUUUGCGUGGAAUAUUCCCAAAGAAGCUCAGAGUAUACCACUCCAGCCGAGUUUUGUUGUCCAAUGGUUAGAAAAUUUACCACAAGCGCGCCUAAACACACUACCCAACCCCAGCCGCCAUCUGGAGGAGUAUAUCUUUGCUCCGGGCUGUUUGUCCCGCGUUCUUUCUCAUCGUUUGCCACGGAAUCUGCGCUUGUUGAUUCUGGAGUACCUAUCGCCAUAACGGUCAUGUGUUUUGGUUCUGAAAAAAAAAACAUGUACAUGCAUAUUUACUGUUUGACCUUUUUUUUACAUUGCAUAUCCUUUUCGUAGCCGGUGCAAGGCCAUCCGCUUGGAUACGUCAUGUUAUCUAAGUAGAAAUUAAGUUUGACCUUUGUAAGACUUUGUAGGUUAACGGAAAUGUCGGCUUUAAUCUAUUUUUUCUAAGAGAAAUUCAAUUCUUAUAUUAUAUUAUUUCGUUGUUUCGAAGGCUAGAUAUUUGAACUGGAGCUAUUGUGCUAUUUCCAUUCCAAAUUUAUUUAUCCGCGCUGACGUAAAUGCCGCACUCGGUUAUAGGGCUGACAUUUAAGAACCAUGCUGACGUCAUUGUGAAUAUGUUUUUUCUUUUUGACAACUUCCCUUGUUCUCGAAAAUACAGUCAGGCCCGUUAACACGGACAUUGGAGGGCCCUAGAAAGUGUCCGUAUUAGGGGGGUGUCCGUAUUAAGCGGGUUGAAUUUAGAGAAAAGAUAAGGGCUUUCUUUCCCCAGGGACACAACAAACUGUCUGCAAUAAUGAGUUGUUCGUAUUAAGCGGGAGUCCGUAAAGCGUGGUUCGACUGUAUCAAUAGCCUGCGUAGCUGGCGGUAUUGUGUGGGUGCGAGAUUAAAGUUUUGGCGGCGGAGCCGUGUUCCAAAAAAAGGGAGUAGGGACGAGGCGGUAUUUCUCGCGGUAUUUCUCGCUCGUGACGGCUCCGCCGUCAAAUCUCACUCGACUAUAUUACAACGGCUCCGCCGCCAAAUCUCACUCGACUACUACCCAAUACCGCCAGCUACGCAGGCUACUGUAUCAAGGUCACUACUCACUCAGAAAAGCAUCCGUCUAGUUCAGUCGUUUAACGGAAAUAGAUUAGAAUGGGUGUUUUGAAAGAAAAUAAAUAUUCAAAAAGCCUUGCCAAGAAUCAGGUCUGUGCAAUAGUUCAUAUGCGAGAUAUUCGGAAAAACGUUUUACCCAAAUUUAUAAAGCUUUGUAUGGAGACGCCAUGCUUGUGUCCCUUUCAGGGGCACGAAUAUGGCCGCCGGAAACCAACAGAAACAUCUGUUUAUGAGUUUUCCUACUUGUGCGUGAAUUCUUCGCUUGAGGAACUCAUAAAGAUUAAAGUAAUAUUUAUUCUAAGACAAAGAAUGUUUAGAUAGCAAAAUGUCCAAAAAUCCGGGAUGUUUUUGACCCACAUAAGAGCUUUCCCGGCCGCCAGCUAAAUGCCGCGUCACGCAAAAGCCUGGAAAUUCAAGCGUCCUGUAUCGCAAAACAAAGAACCCUUUUGAACCGAAAAUUUGUUUGUUUAAAGGUUUUAAGGUGCUCUAAUAUCACUUCUCAAACUCAAUAAUAAUUCAUUAAGAAAAUACAAAGGAAAUUAAUGUUUAAUGAGUGUUUGGAAAUCGGAUGAAACACUGCUUAGUAUUUGCAUCCUUAAUUUCUCCUUCAAAAAUGAUUUUGUUUGAGAAGAAAUAUCAAUUUCAUCACCAGAUGAAACACCUCGAAGUUCGUCAAAAAUACUCCGCUGCGCGUCGUAUUUUCAACUCUCUUCUCGGUGUUUCAUCUGGUGAUGAAACACUGCAUCUCAUGUUUGAUAUAUUACGUGAAAGUAGAAACUCAGAAGAAGCGAUAGUUUCUUAGUUUGAAUUUUUUUGUGACGUCAUGUGAAAACCAAGAAUCCUGUGCUGAAGUCAUUACUUAGUGCCAUUCCCAAAUUUUGCUCCAAUUGAGGGAAUCCGGAAUAUUUUUGCUUGUGGAAUCCGGAAUCCUACUAACGAUUGGAACCCAAAAUCCAAGUUCUACUGACAAAUACUGGAAUCCAGUACCUGGAAUCCGGAAUCCUCAGCGUGGAGUCCAGAAUCUAAGACUGUCCUAGAUUCCCUUACAUUGGGCGUCAUAUUUAUGAUGCGCUCAUAGAAUUAUGAAGAAGAUAGGACAAAUUUCAUCAGGGACCAUACCAUGAUAAUUGUUUGGGUGAUUUUGCAGGCAUAACGUUAAAACGUGAAAAAUUUGGCCCAUUUUUUCAUGUUUCAGUCGUUGUCCAUUCUUGCCAUCGGUAGCAGUAGACGACAGGAAACAAUUUAAAUGCCUAAAUAUAGCCUGAAAUAAUCAAACUGGACCAUUAUUUGAGAAUGCAAUUGAUGCAAAGACGCGUUUUACCUGUUCAGAAAGGUAGCAAAUAGAGUAACUUGGCGCUUUUAACUCCUGUUAGUCCGUCACUACUUUUCCUGUCUUGUAUUAACAAUGCCAAGGUCGCGAACUAACCGUUUAGCAACAAAGGUGGUUGGACAAGAAAUUCCUCAUGAUAGCCACGUCUCCUAACGCCAAUUUCCGACCAACUUGGUCUUAGCUUAAGUCUUGCCUUUUCGCAUGCAAAGCUUGUACCGAAUUAGAAUAACUGGCAGAACAAUCAGUAACUUGCGAUAGUCGAACGAAUUCGCGAUUUAUGCUUUUGUUCAGGGCUACUCAAAACGGGUACGUAUUGUUCGUCGCGUUUCGUAAGUUGUAGUUGGGUUUUUUUCGUGUUAUUUUGUUAUUCUUUUGUCUUGAUUUAAGAGUCAAGGGUCCUUUCGAAGUGGGUUCAGAUAAGGCCAAACAUACAGUUUACAAGGUUUUGAGUUGUACCCUCUGCGUAGCAGAUAUUUUAAGCUUUAUCGUAAUCUGUAGACAUGCGUGCGAGUCCUUUAAUUUGUACCUGCUGCAAGUCUAUGAGUUGUCAAUAAGCCUUGUUUUAACUGUCACUCGUUUUGCUAAUGGCCACCGAAUGUUUAUGUCUUCGUGUAGGUCUGUUUUGGUUCUCUAAGUAGAGUAAUGUCUUUGGUUGGUAGUGUCUCAUCCCGUUUGUGAACCAAACAGGCUUACGAUAUUCAAGUUUGUAUACCUGCAAAGUGUCACGCCUGCAGAUCAAAAACUUCGAUCUCACGCCUACUCAAGUCUGUAUUCAAAUUUCUCAUGCCUUGUAGAAACGUUUGAGCCGUGACACGUUUUGAAAAAAAAAAAACUUUUUAAAGAAACUGGAACCAAUGACAGAAAAGAAAAGUCCAUGUGAAUGAUCGACUUUCUCCGAAUUCUCUUAUUUUAGCAGGGAAAGUCACUAGAGACAAGGUCGUGUUCAUUCGUGUUCUUGUGCUCGUGUUAGACGCAACUCUUCAGAACGUCUUCGGGUAAUAUAUGAUAUCGGAACCCCACAAAAAUACUGCUACCUUAUAAAUUUUAAAAAGUUGGCAGAUAUAAGUUUGUUCAUUAGAUCUUUUAGUCAGAAGUAAUAGAAGUAGACGUAGAAGUCUACAAUAAAGCCAAGGAAAUGUGAAGUAGAGGCUGGGUACCCUCUACUCGUUGUGAGCGAGUGUAGGCGAACUUGGGCCUUGGCCAAGCGUCGAACUUUUCAGGAGACGAACCAAACUUAGUGAGUUAAGUUCAUGGAAAGUUCGAUAUCUGGCUGAGCUUAGUUCGUCUGAAUGCACGUUCUAUCCGUCUGCUACGGCUAACGUUUAACCCUUUAAACCCUAACAUCAAAAUUCAAAUUCUCAUGAGUUAUUCCUAUACGUUUUCAAUAAAAGUAGUGGGGAGAAUUUGUUGAAGUAUCAAUGUAGAUUCAUCUUGUGUGAUCAUGUCCUUAAUUCUCGUGACCACUCUGUUUUAUAAAGCAGUGAUAUUACGUGGAGAAAUUUGACGCUGAUCACUCCUUGGGGUUUAAAGGGUUAACAGUCCGGAAUAUCCCUAAAUUUAAGGACAGGGCCAACUGGUCACGCGACACUUUUCAACCAAUGAGAAGGCGCGCUUGUGUUUAUCAACAAACAAAUCAAAACAUCGCCCCAGUGAUCAAAAAUUUUCAAAACAACGGACGGAGUCGGGCAGAAUCAGUCAUCGUUUCGAGGUUCUCAGGCGUAUUUUUAAGACUUUUCAUGAGGCAUACACAAUUUUUUUUAAGUGGACAGCGUAUCGGAAGCCAUAUUGGAAGUGUCUCGUGAAAUAUUCAGCACAUUUUGUGGCUUAUUCUUCUUUUAUCUUUUAAACAACGCGAUGUAUAGGAGAGAUUUUGGUCGGCUUUCAAUGUUGGUGAACAAGUAUCUAUUAUUUUUUCGAUUCACAGAUUUUUUUUACGAAGUUCUAGAUAUUUUUCCUCGAUUUUUAUAUCGAUUAACUUUUAUCAUGUUGAAUGUGGGGGUGGCAGACAACCUAGAAUUUUGGUAAACAAUUUUUGAAUUCCGAGGUCCAAAACACGUACGUUUUCCACUCCCGGGUUUCUCACAAAAGCCGUGUUAUUACUUUUUUUCGCAUUAGUACGAGCCUUUGCCUUUUUUUUAAAGCCAAAACAACUUUAUUAGUCUUAUGGAUAUUCACGUCCAACAUCUCGCCUCACUUUGCCGAAUUUGCGGGGAUGAAAUUGAAGAUCAUAAGCGCAAGGUAGAUACUAACCGCUUUGUUUCUGAAAUUCACUGAUCUGGAAAGAUUUAAUGUUGUUGGAUUCUCCAAAUGUUCAUCCGCCGUUAAAAAACAAUCAAAGAAACAAGGCAAAUCUCAAUUGUAAAGGCUGUAUUUCACUACUCAUUGAACAUGCACUGAUUAUCUGGGAUAAAAUUAAAACAUUGCAGGUACUACAGCAAGCAAAGAAAGCACCAGAUGCGUGAAGUCAACACGAAACAACACAAAAAAACAAACAAGAAAAAUUAAUAAAUUUGAACCACUUUCUAUUCUUGUUAUGAUGUCUGGUUCUUUGAUUCUUGUCCUGUAGAAGUUAAUAGGUGGUACCAAUGCUGUUUUGUACGAUCGCAACAAAUUUUCACACUCUCUCUAAGGCUAAAUUUACACCGGACGAGUUUGCUUCUAUCAAAAAUCUUGCAAGCCAUGCCAGUGAAGCCACGACCUCUGCGAUCGGUCCGGAAUCAGUUCGCAUUCCUUGCAAUGAUUAAUGCUCUUAUUCUCUUACAUGACAUGUUUUCUUUGAAAUAUUAAAUGUGAAACCUAGACGAGUACUGUAAGCUCAUCUUUAAUUCUGUCCGACUCCGUCCGUUGUUUUGAAAAUUUUUGAUCACUGGGGCGAUGUUUUGAUUUGUUUGUUGAUAAACACAAGCGCGCCAUCUCAUUGGUUAAAAAGUGGCGCGUGACCAGUUGGCCCUGUCCUUAAAUUUAGGGAUAUUCCGGACUAGUUAAGAAAUCAAUAGUUUGGGAAACUGUUACAAGAUUCCAUCGGUUUAGACCUCUUAAGACUUGUCCGGGAUGCCAGCCACGAAGCAAUACGCUUAAAGUCGUAAAAAGCAAUAUUGGCACUCUCAAAAUGACAUUCUCUGGCUAGAAAAAAUAUUACGGUUAACAUUUUUGUUGUGACUAUGGUUAACUGAAUAUUUUCAUUUUCCUUUUUUUACACCUCAUCCGUAAAACAGCCAAAAACUUAAUCGUGACGGUUCACUUAAGCUUCACGUAUACGGCAAACGACAGAUUCAAGUUGAAAAUUUCUCAAAAUAGAAAAUGAGCAGAUAAAAACGGUCAAAUAGCUCGAAUUCUGUUAUCAUAGGACUGUCGUAGGGGUUGGAAUGUGAUUCGGGGGUGAAAUUACAAAGUUUGUCCUUGACCCUUAUUCCAGUCUGCGGGUACAACUUCCGUUUAUUCAGCGAUAUAUUUCGACUGCUAAAACAUCCGCUUGUUUGGCGGCAUGUACGGCUGUCCGGGUUUGACCUUGGCAUCCGUUAACAGUCUGUGUAAAAACCAGGGAAGUCUUUCCUAGUUAAGCUGGGGGCGGCGUCUUGGUGUAGAAAAGGAUUAGCGCAUAUUAACGUAAAUUCAAUUGUAUGGCUGGUCAGUUAGCUAAAAAAUGGCUACUUAACCCUUUUAACCCGAAUAUCAAAAUUGAAAGUCCCCUAUACCCUUACCCUUACACAUUUGCUAUGGAACUCGUAGUGAGAAGUUAUCAGGAUCCGGCUUCUGAAGUUAUUAAAAUAUCAAUCAAUUAAAUUCGUCUUAUGUGACAUCAGUGAUUUUGACACAAAUAGUUAUGGUGAGUCCUGGGACUCAUCUUGUGAAAAAUCAUGAGUCCCUGUCCAUAACCGAUGAGUCCCAGUUCAAAAAAAAAACAACAACAACAACAAGGAACCCUAAAUUGAAAAUGCUUGGGCCUUUAUGUAACCAGACAAGUUAAUCUGGAGACAGACACCAAAACUCUUUAUUUCUAUUUUCCUUCUCUAUCUUUAAAGCACAAAAAAGUCUAAAAUAAGUAUACAACUUUAAACAACAGCCACAGAAAUCACACGAACAGGAUAUUCUACCGAAAAAUCUUCAAAUCGAUCAAUCCUUCUUUUCGUCCUGUGGGACGAGUGACUUGAAUUAUUUUGAGUCGUAACGAUUUUUAGGCGUCAGGGACGUAGGACGCAGUGGUAACAAAAUCACUGUACGGUGUGAUCACUUCUUCAAUUCUUGUCACCGGUCUGUUUUAUAGAACAUUGUUGCUGAUUACUCUCAGCGCUUGAAGGGUAAAUGCGCUUGGUUUGCGCGCGUUUAAUGUGUGAAAACCAUUCCUUAAAUAAAUUUGAUUGACAUGUGAUUGCCAGUGUGAACGCGAGCCUACCCUUGGCGUUCCCGUCAGCCGUAUUUACCCUGUUCCUCCUCCUGUUUGAACGGCUUUCGCACAGACCAUCGUUAUUCUCGUGCUCAUCAAAAUUAACCAUCGAUGUUACAAGUAAAUGGAUAAGAUUGACAUCCAUAAUUCCUUAUUCUUUCCUAGGCUAACCAGUUACUUGAGCGGUUACAUUGCCACGAGCCACGUGGUGUCAGCUGCUUGACCACGGCUACCGAAGGUCAGCGCAAGUUGCUGUGUUGCGGUUCAUUUGACUCCACCAUAACAGUCAGAGACUAUAAGGUACUUUUCUUCUCUAUAUCACGUGAUCUAGAUGACGGUCAGCAAUUUAAACUGGCCAUUUCUGAUUUGUCCUUAGCCUUUUUUUAAAAAACGAGGUUACGGCAAAAGUUUUUUUUUUUUUGUUCAUUUUUAAUACUUUUUUUUCUUUCAAUUUACUCAGACUGGUCUUCUUAUUCGAACCUUUAACCAUCACAACAUGACGGUUUUAUGUAUGCAGGUAUGUUGUGUAGUCAUCAUAUCAAAUAGAAAUUUUCUGCUAUGGACUCCCGGGUCUGGACUUAGAUGAUUCCUAUAGUAGUGGAUCAAACCUUUACUCAUCUUUGUAUUUCAUUGCAGGUCGUGAAUAAUAUCUUGUAUAGUGGAUCCGCUGACAUGAACGUGCAGGCUCACAAUUUGAGCGUAAGUCAUCGCGAGCGUAGUAGAAAAUAGUUUAAGAAAUAGAAACAAAUGCGUUUCCAUGUAAGCGAAGUCUUGUAGACAUUGAGCUGUUCGUAUUUUCCAAGACCAUUAAGCCAUUUUCAAGUUGUUCUUUCAGCGUCUUCAACUGCGUAAUAAUGUAAGCGCAGAAAAAGUUUGCUUUUAUGAGCCAUAAGAUUGCGGUAUAGGAAUGUAAAUUGUGACCUCGAGCAGUUAUUGAAUUUCUCGUCCUUUCUGUCGUCAGCGAGUAUGCAAAGCUCUCAUUUUAGUCUUUAACCACUAAAAUAUUACGUAACACCAAAGGUUUUUUUCAUUUUGUAUAUUUCCAGACUGGAGAGCUAAUACGAAGCUUCCAUGGUCACACUCGGAGUGUCAGCGGUCUUCAGGUUGUCGGUAGAGUGCUAGUCACGUCAUGUUUGGACAAACUUAUUCGCUGCUAUGACCUAACGGUGCGUAGUUUUGUUGUUUGUUGCUGUCGCCACUUGCAUUUGAAUAUCUUAUGGUAUUAAAGGAGGAAGUGUCGUGACUUUCAUGACGGUGAAACAGUGAUAUUACAAGAAGAAAUUAGCUCCUCGUCAUUAUUGAGGUUAAAAGUGGUUAUGAAACCAAUUUAAAAGAACUGGCGUCUAAUUAUGAAAAGUAUAGAGCGUUUACACUCACGUGGUCAGCAACUAUGCAAGUUUAUCGAAAUGAAAGAAAGUUUUUACAUAAGAAAAGGCUCAACUCCCACAGGAUUGGUUUGGAACAUCAACAUGGCCGCCGUUAUAUUUUGAUUUGGGAGACCAACAUGGCCGCCGUUGAAUUGUUUUGGGACACCAAAAUGGCGGAAGUGACGUCAUUGUUUUGGGACACUAAUAUGGCGGACGUGACGUCACGUGAAAACGUUCUCUUAACACGACCGCUUAAAAUAGUGAAAGGUCUUUGAAAUAUCACAGCAAAUACAAAAGAAGGCAUGGAUAGACUUAAUUUUAUGAUAACUGUUAUUUUAGUCUAUUUUACAAAUUUUACUUCCAUUGUUUGAAUCUGGAAAAUAUGUUGGGAGCUCAGGUGAUAAAAUUGAUAUUUUGGAAGUACUACAAACUUUAUCACACAGAUUUGAAUGUAUGUUCUUGUAAAGAGACUUUUGAUAAACAAGAAAGCGUAAUCAACGAGCAUUUAUUGAUUUUUCCUCGUAUAUUUACUCCUGUAGACGGGAGAACUUCUCCAGGUGUACGGAGGCCAAAUAGACAUGAUCUUCUCUGUGCUGGUCAGCAAUGGAAGAGUAAGUUCUUAGUUGUGUAUUUGAUAGGGUGACGGAAAGCAAUUUUUUGUGUGGCUUGUUCACACUUUGCCUUUUUUGCGCCUUAUAGUGUGUCCAGGGCAUUUUACACUCGGAAAAAAAAUAUCUGGAUAGUUCUUCUUUAAAUAUUGACUUUUGCUUUCUUCUUCAUCAGAUAUUCAGCGGUGGGCGAGAUGGCUCUGUUGUGGCAUCUAAACUGGAGUUAAGGGUUUACCACCCGUGCAAGGUAACUAACUGCUCCCUCAGUUGUUUUUGUUCUUAUCUCAUUUGAAAAUUUUCAAGUUUUCCUUUCUCUUUUGGUAAAGGCUGCAUGAAAUAAGGGAUAACGGGAAGUGAAAUUCCUCUGCCUCCUCCUCCCCUUCUUUUUGUGCUUCCCCUCCUCUUCACCUUGUUGCCCGCUAGACUCUGUUCAUAAGCUUUCGCUUACUGAUAUUUUAUGAACCAGCUAAUAAAGCAUGAGAGCCCCCUUCCCGGUAUAGUUUAGGUUUCUGGGAAACUGCCCACCGACCCCUUCCCUAAGUCAACAUUAACACUUACUUCUCACUUAGGGCAAAAUGUUGGAUUACGGGAGGGGUAGGUGGGCAGUCUCCCAGAUACCGAAAUUGAUCCUAAAGGAUCUUACUGCCGCUUUUUGAACGCAGUCAAAUCUUAUCUCACCUUUUGCUUGUUUUCUUUUCCUUCAGUGGGAAAAUUGCGACCUCAAUUUUGGCAUAGUAGCACACCUGAAAAACCACAUACGAGGUAUUAAAUAGUUAUUCACUGCAUAGCUAAGGUUCUUAACGCCACGUAUUUCCCGUCGACCAAAUUCAGUUUCCUUUAGUAAUUAAGUCUGGUUUUCAACUUUUACCGUGCUCGGCACACUUUGCGCAUUUAAAUCUCCACUCGACAAACGCUGUGGGUGGCGUUCACAUAAACGCAUUUUGCCAAAGCUACAGCCUAAAGUGGUAAUAUGGUGGAACAUUUUUUUUUCUGUUGCGCCAGUCUAAACUUAUUUGAAAAUCCUGCUUGAGCCAGGCCUAAAAUGUGCGCUGUGUUAUUUUAUUUAUUUUUUCCCAUCAAUAUUUAUUUAACCCUGUCGAUACAGCCGUCUUUUUUUAACGUCGAUUCUGUGGGGGGCGGGGGGGUGGGGGGGUCAAUGACAGGGCAGAUUUUAGGCCAGGCUAUAGCUGUUACUGAAGCUCCAAGUGAUGUUGUUGACAACUAUUCCUCGAGCCCGAAUGGGCUAUUAACUCAGAGGCCAUGAGGGCGAGAGGAAUAUCUGUUUUAGUAAAAUCCAACUAGUUGACAAAAAUACCGAGACAAAACAACUUCAGCUAGUUAAAGCUAAACUUUAUCCCCUUUUUUUGCCGCCAAAAAGCCGGCGCUUUUCGCUACUAGUGGGCUAUAACAUAUAGCCUUGUAGUAGCUCAACCAAUCAGGCAUUGAUAAUAGACCACUAGUUGGAUUUUCCUAAUUAUAUUAUUUGUACUUAAGUUUUUGUAGGUGUACCCUAUUACGAGUGGGAGACGGCAAGUCCAAAUUACGCCUACAUGUGUACAUGAAUCAGACAAAAUUUGUCAGAAACAGUUCCCUAGUGUAUGAUCGCGUGACCUGUACUUUAAAGUGCAGAAAAAUUUAACUAAAAUACGAAAGCCCCAAAAGUCCCAACUUGUCUUGUCAUUACGUCAUGUUGUAGAAUAUCACGUGAUGGAACAAGGAGCCGUGGAAACUUGUCAUUGGUCACAUUGUGGGCACCAGUUCUCCCGUGAUGACGACAUAGGAGUGAGUAUUUCGUUUGACUUAGAAUACCGAGGGGUAGAGGUUGAGUCGUUUUUACUGAAUUACUGGGGGAGGGUAGAGGAGUAACACUGCUUGGUUCCAUACGACAGUUGUCCAAAUUAAAAUCCUAUAAAAAGAUAGAGAGGGAUACGUCCGCCUCGUUCCUAGAGAAAAUCCUGUAAUAAGAACGACCGAGAUCAGGUUUUAUGAGCCCGCAAGACUGAGAACCCCACCCAAACCCUUGUUUUCACUAAAACCGCUGGACGCCACAACCUGGUUGAGGUCGUUGUUAUCUAAGGUCUUCCGUUCACAGAGGGCCCUGGGAACGAGCUUGGAGAUUCGUAUAGGGCCUUUUCACUUGACGUCACUUCCGCCAUGUUGGUGUCCCAAACCAGUCCUUUGGGAGUUGAACUCUUUUCUCAUGUAAACGAUGUCUUUUGUCGCAAUAAAUUUGCAUACCUGCUGACCACGUGAGUGAAAACACUCCUUUGUAAAUGCUCUAUAAAUCCCUUGGGGUUUGAAGAGUGCUUUAACUAGAGGAGAGUGCAAGACUGCUGAAUAAAGUACCCGUAGGAGGAAAUGAUAGGCUACAGUUACCGUACACUUCUUUCUCUUUUGGUCGAGGGCAAUAACUGUGUGACAUUAAGAUUUGAUUGUUGUAAAACGUGUUUUCCGUUCAUAGUUCAGUUCACAUGAAUUGUUACAUUCACACCACGAUUCGCGUAGCCUGCGAAAACAGCCGUCUCCUUCCUCCUUUCUGCUGGGACGUUUUACCAGUUUAUUAAUACAGUUUGUCCUUUAUUAAUUUGGUUGUCAAAAACAUGGAAGGAGGUUAAGGGAGGAAAUAAACGGAAAAGGGAUGAGUAUCCUUCUUCAUCUAAAUAGAGGAGCCUUAUCAGAAAAGAGACUUGUUGUAAUAAAUAAUCUACUUACGCUCAAUUUGACUCACUCUGCUCCUUCCACCCUAAAAGUUUUUCUUUUUUACGCCACUACAGGCUGUCCUCAAGCACGUGUUAGGUCACGUGGUGACGAAAACAGCAAGGAAAUCUGCAGGCUAAUGACGGUUGUCGGUAUUUCACUUCUACUGAUGUAUUGUGAUUUACAGUAUGUUAAUAUUUUUGAAGGACAACGACAGUGCUGUGUGUAACACAAAAUGAAGGCUCUCUUUAGCUCGCUAGUGUAAUAACAAAAAAGAUUUUGCGUCAGCCAAGAAAAUGGUUAAAAGCCAAUCCUCGACUUUUACGCUUCGGUUGCUUUAUUGAUACGUCUUUCUUUUUAAUCGCACAUUGAAGAGCAACAGUUGUUAAUAAUGGCAAGUACUUCUGAAGUGUCUAAAUGUAAAUAAUUUGAAAAGAAAGCAAGUUGAAUUGGACUGAAGUUGUGUUCAUAUGUUUACCUGAACGUACUGCCCAUUCGCGGCUCGGUAAUCUCUUGAAAAGUGACUACGAUCCUUUUGGCCAGCACUUCUUCCGCUCGACUAAGUUGACCGUUGUCUAGUCGUUAAAAACAACUGAUUUAAAACUGAUUCGAGGCUUAUCAUAAAGGCGAAGUCAUGCUUUUGUACAUAAGAUACAUAGAAGAAUAUUAUAAACUAGAUAAUAACUGUCGACUGUUCAUUAUAGAUUUUCAAAUUAAGGUACAGACUUACUAUACAUGCAAAAUGUCUGAAGUACUACACAGAUCAGAUGCAGUUAGAAACCACCUCAUUCUGUUUGUUUUGAGACUAUUUUCCUUUCUAAUAAAAU